CCGCCGCAGGCACUUCGGAGAGGAGGAGGGCAGGAAGGAACGACGGAGGGAGGGGCGACCCACUUCCUGAAUCGCCUGCAAACCCGGAGCGAAGCGCGCCCCCGGGACCCGUCCCCGAGGGUCUGAUCCGCGUCUACAGCAUGAGGUUCUGCCCGUAUGCCCAGAGGACACUCCUGGUUCUGAAGGCCAAGGGAAUCAGGCGUGAAAUCAUCAACAUCAACCUGAAAAGUAAGCCUGAGUGGUUCUUUAAGAAGAAUCCCUUUGGCCUGGUGCCAGUUCUGGAAAACAGUCAGGAUCAACUGAUCUACGAAUCUGCCAUCACCUGUGAGUACCUGGAUGAUGUAUAUCCAGGAAAGAAGCUAUUGCCAGACGACCCCUAUGAGAAAGCUCGCCAGAAGAUGGUGUUUGAGUUAUUUUCUAAGGUCCCAUCUUUGGUAACAAGUGUUUUGAGAAAACAGAAUGAGGAAGACUGCUCUGGCCAAAAAGAAUUGCGGAAAGAACUCAGCAAGCUAGAGGAGGUUCUUACCAAUAAGAAGACAACCUUCUUUGGUGGCAAUUCUCUUUCUAUGAUUGACUACCUUAUCUGGCCCUGGUUUGAACGAAUGGAAAUUCUGGAGUUAAAUGAUUGUGUAGAACAUACUCCAAAACUUAAGCUCUGGAUGGCAGCCAUGAGGAAAGAUCCUGCGGUAUCAGCCCUUCUCAUCGAGCCCAAGGCCCUUCAAGGUUUCCUCAAACUCUACUUGCAGAACAGCCCCGAGGCCUGUGACUAUGGGCUCUGAUGGGGGCAAGAGUUGGCAGGGAAGAAAUGUCUGACAUUUUCCUUCAUUAAUAUGAAUAAAAUAAGCUUUAAUUUUAUCAAGGGCUCUCA